AUGUACCGACCUGACCAACGUCGGUCUUGCUGCCCUCAUUAUACUAUCCGCCUCGAUUCUACCCAGUUCAAACCAUCUAGAGAUCAGCGGCAAACCAUCAACAGAUUUAACAGAUUUGUUUUGGGAGGUUCGUAUAUGAAGGAAGCUUCUCGACUGUACCCCAGGUCGCGCGAUGAGGCUAAGAAGCGCGAUAACCACUUCGACCUUGUUGAACGAAUCCAUGAAGCUGAGGAUGCUAACGUGCAAAAGCCUCCUGAGGCUGCGCACAAACUUGUUGUGACCCUGGAACACGAUGACUUCACAGAAGAGAAGUUUGCCGUUUACGAAAACUACCAGCGGGUGGUUCACAAGGACUCUCCGAGUGAAAUAAGUAAAAGCGGAUUCAAACGCUUUCUAUGUAGCUCCCCCUUGAGGAGAGAGACGAUGGUAGCACCGGAUGGACGCGAACGUCGCCUGGGUUCUUACCAUCACUGCUAUAGAUUGGAUGGUAAGCUGGUCGCUAUUGGUGUUCUCGACCUUUUGCCAGAGUGUGUGAGCUCUGUCUACUUUCUCUACCACGAAAGCAUACAUCAGCAUGCACCAGGCAAACUCGGUGCGCUGUACGAAAUUGCCUUGGCUAUCGAAGAGGGCUACGGUUGGUGGUAUCCUGGCUUCUAUAUACACAGCUGCCCCAAGAUGAGGUAUAAGAUCGACUACUCGCCACAGUUUGUUCUUGACCCCGAGUCGUUGACUUGGGAUCCAUUGGAUCGAGACAUGCUGGACCUUCUCGACAAGAAGCCUUUUGUGAGCCUCUCACUCGAGAAGAAAAAGGCCAUUGAAAGUGGAGAUAAUAAGCCUCCGGUGCUCAGCGAGGAGAUAAAGAUGAGUGAUAGUUCUGAGGUCAAAGGAUCCGACUCUUCGCUUUCUGGCGACGAAGAGGACGGCGACUGGCUGUUUACCUCUGGGAUGCCUGGCAUUCCUCCGGUCACUUUGGCGGCGACUUGGGAUAUGGAUCACAUUGCUUUAAAGAUCGCCCCUGAAGGUCCGUUAUAUGAAACUUCGGACCUUGUCAGCUGGGACGAACGUGGUGUCAAAGAACACCCAGGACUGAAGUCCGCAGUGGCUGAGCUUGUCGCUGCAACAGGACCAGACCUGAUGGAUCGAAUUUGUAUAGAUUUCGCUCCGAAACGAUAG